CCCUAAACAUCAAUUUCCAGUGAAAACACACACACACAUAACCAGAAACCCAAAAUAAUAGUACAACUAUAGGAGCAGGAGAGAGAAUAUAAAAACACAACAAAAAAAGUGUAUUUAUUUUUCUCUCAGCUCGCUUUUUCUUCUCUUCAUCAUAUCAAUGGAGGCCACCUCCAUAGACGAAGCUCUCUCUCCUUCGCAAUCGCAACCGCCGCAACCUCCUCCGCCGUCGGAUAUUUCCGUCGCCGCUGAAGAGCCGGAGGAAGAAGAUGAAGAUGAGGAUGAAGACGACGCUUUGAUUUCUAAAGCUCAAAAGUUUAUGGAAUUCAUCACUUCUUCUCCUGAUAACCCUAAUCCUAAAGCUCUUCAUGCUCUUGCUUCUCUCCUCGAAACUCAAGAAUCCAGGUACAUGGAAGAGGCAGAUCAUUCCUCCUCAAAUCAAACUCGAUCUUCACAUAAUAUUGGACGCUUGGGUAAUCUAAUUCGGGAAAAUGAUGAAUUCUUUGAAUUAUUAUCAUCAAAAUUUCUAUCAGAGUCUAGAUACUCCAUAUCUAUACGGGCUGCUGCUGCAAGGGUGCUUCUUGGCUGUUCGUUAAGUUGGAUGUACCCUCAUGUUUUUGAAGACGAUGUUACAGAAAACAUAAAAAAUUGGGUGUUGGAUGAUAGUACGAAAUAUUCCAGUGACGAUGGCUUAUGGAAACGUCAAUUUGGUGAGGGAAAAUGCUCAGAUUUUGAUAUGCUUAAGACCUACUCUGCAGGACUUCUUGCACUAUGCUUAACCAGUGGUAGUCAAGUAGUUGAAGAUGUCUUAACUUCUGGCUUGUCGGCUAAGCUGAUGCGUUAUCUUCGAAAUCGGGUCUUGGGUGAGACGAGUAGCAGCCAUAAAGAUCCAAGUCAUGUGGUUGAGAGUAAAAGUGUUGCCCUUGGAGGUGGAGGAAGAGGUAGAGAUGAAAAUCGUUCCAGGUUACGACCACCUCUGGAGACCGCUUCUCUAGAUGAUUCUAGAAUAAUAGAAGAUGCAGGUUCAGCUGAUUUAGGUGGGGAGAAGGAUCAUGAUAGAAGCUUGAAUCGGCAGGUGAAUGGGGAAGAACGAUGGGUUAAUGGAGAGCCAGCUGAUAGAUUGACUGAAGAGGUUGCCAUUUAUGAUGCAGAUAUUGAUGGCGAUGAUCGUUGGCAUGGGCGGGAUAUGCAUGAUGGACGGUUGAAAACUGGGGAAAGAAACGGUCCUGGAAGAUCCUUGCAUGAUGAAGAUUAUGAUGAAAGCACAAGAGAGGACUCUGCUAGGCGUAGGGUGAACCGUGGAUUGCGAUCUAGGGGCAAAGCCAGGGUUAAUGAAACUACUACAGAGCCUGAACAGCUUAUUAUGUCGCCUGGGUCAGGAAGUCGUGGUGGGCAAUUGCGUAGUGCUAGGGAGAGGAAUUCAACUAGAAAUGUGGAUGGUAAGCGAGUGAAUGAUAACAAGAAAAGCUCAAGUAGGACAACUGCUGAAGGCACUGCAACAGAAGCAGAAGAUACUGAUGAAUUCAUUCAAGAAUGCAGAGUUGGCUCCAAGGACAUCUCAGAUCUUGUAAAAGCUGCUGUGAGGGCUGCUGAAGCUGAAGCAAGAGCUGCCAAUGCGCCAAUAGAAGCUGUCAAAGCUGCUGGAGAGGACGCUGCUGAAUUGGUGAAACUUGCCGCAUUGGAUGUGUUCAAAACUACAAAUGAUGAAGAGGCUGCAUUCUUGGCGGCUUCGAAAGCAGCAUCCACUGUGAUUGAUGCAGCUAAUGCCAUUGAAGUUUCUAGGAAUCUUGACAGUGUCAGUUCGGAUUUACCUAAAGAUGGGGUUGCUGAGGCAGAAGGGAAUGAAGAUUUAGAAUUUUUCAUCCCAGACUGUGAUACCCUUGCACAACAAAGGGAGAAGUUUUGCAUCCAGUGUCUUGUGCUCUUAGGAGAGUAUGUUGAAGUUCUAGGGCCUGUGCUGCAUGAAAAGGGGGUAGAUGUUUGCCUUGCAUUAUUACUGCGACAUUCUAGGGGAAAGAAGGAAUCGGAAAUUCUUUCUUUCCUGCCUGAUGUGUUAAAGCUGAUAUGUGCUUUGGCUGCUCAUAGAAAAUUUGCUGCAGUGUUUGUGGAUCGAGGAGGCAUCCAAAAGUUGCUUGCUGUACCAAGGGUUCUUCACACUUUCUUUGGCCUAUCUUCUUGCUUGUUUACCAUUGGGUCUCUUCAGGGUAUCAUGGAGCGUGUUUGUGCACUUCCUUCUGAUGUAAUUUAUAAGCUAGUUGAGUUGGGUCUACAGCUUCUAGAAUGCCCGCAGGAUCAGGCCCGAAAAAAUGCUGCUUUAUUCUUUGCUGCUGCAUUUGUCUUCAGAGCUGUUCUUGAUGUUUUUGAUGCGCAGGAUGGCCUGCAGAAAUCACUUGGCCUUUUGCAUGAUGCUGCUUCUGUACGAUCAGGAGUGAAUUCAGGGACCUUGGGGGCUUCUACCCCAGGUGCACUUAGAAAUGAUCGAUCAAAUGCUGAUGUACUUACAUCGUCCGAGAAACAGAUAGCUUAUCACACUUGUGUGGCUUUGCGACAGUAUUUUAGAGCGCAGCUGUUGCUGCUAGUGGAUACUGUCCGUCCUAGUAAAAGCAAUCGAAGCGUAGCUCGUCAUAUUCCAAGCAUAAGAGCUGGCUAUAAGCCUCUUGAUAUAAGUAAUGAGGCCAUGGAUGCAGUUUUUCUCCAGAUACAGAAGGACCGGAAGCUUGGUCCUGCUUUGGUCAGAGCUAGAUGGCCAGCAGUUGAGAGGUUUUUAGCUUGUAAUGGACAUGUGACAAUGCUGGAGUUGUGUCAGGCUCCACCUGUUGAACGUUAUUUGCACGACUUGCUUCAAUAUGCAUUGGGUAUCUUGCAUAUCGUUACGUUGGUGCCAUAUAGCCGGAAAUUGAUCGUUAAUGCCACAUCAAGCAAUGAUCGUGUUGGGAUAGCUGUUAUUUUAGAUGCUGCUAAUGGACCUGGUUAUAUAGACCCUGAUAUUAUUCAGCAGGCACUAAAUGUGUUGAUCAACCUCGUUUGUCCUCCCCCAUCAAUCAGCAAUAAGUCGCCUCUCCUUACACAAAAUCAGCAACCUGUUUCUGUCCAAACCUCUAAUACAUCUACGGAGGCUAGAGAUAGGAAUGCAGAGAGAAAUGUCUCUGAUCGAGUGGCUCCUGCGGCAAGUCAAAUUGAAGCAAGAGAGCGAAAUGGUGAAUCCAGUACUGCAGAUCGGGGAUCAUCUAUGAAUAAUGCCAUACAAAGCCCAUCUCCUAACUUGGCCUCUGGAUUAGUUGGCGAUCGCAGAAUUUCCUUAGGUGUUGGGGCUGGUUGUGCUGGCCUUGCUGCACAGUUAGAACAAGGAUAUCGCCAAGCCAGAGAGGCUGUCCGUUCCAAUAAUGGUAUAAAGGUUCUUCUACAACUCCUUCAAACUCGUGUGGUGUUGCCGCCAGCUACUCUUGAUUGUCUGCGUGCACUAGCUGUUCGUGUCUUGCUUGGCUUAGCCAGGGAUGACACUAUUGCACAAAUAUUGACAAAGCUCCAGGUUGGCAAGAAGCUGUCAGAAGUUAUCAGAGAUUUGGGAAAUCAGAACCCUGGAAGUGAGCAGAACAGGUGGCAAACAGAGCUUACACAGGCAGCUAUUGAAUUAAUUGCGAUUGUGACAAAUUCAGGCCGUGCAAGCACUUUAGCUGCUACUGAUGCUGCUACCCCGACACUAAGACGUAUAGAGAGAGCUGCUAUUGCUGCAGCUACCCCUAUUGCAUACCAUUCAAGGGAACUUUUGCUGCUCAUGCAUGAACAUCUACAGGCUUGUGGUUUAUCGUCUAGUGCUGCUACCCUGAUGAAAGAGGCGCAGUUGACGCCUCUGCCAUCCUUAUCUGCACCAUCAUCACUUUCUCACCAUGCUUCUGUUCAAGAGAUGCCUUCUGUACAGAUUCAGUGGCCAUCAGGUCGGUCUCCUGGGGGAUUCCUCAACAAGUCAAAGAUGCUGGCACAGAAUGAGGAACUCCAGUCAAAAUAUGAUUCUGCUGUGUCGUUGAAAAAAAAGCCUUUUCUUUUCUCAUCUAGCUUCAGUGCUCGAUCAAAGGGUUGUUCUUCAUCUACUGAGCUGCAAACACCCACGAUUAGCAAGGCGCACACUAGUUCAAGAAGGGCCGUGGGACCUGCAGCUCCUCCAGAAACUCCUUUGGCGCCAACUUCAGAAACAGCGGCUGAUGUUGAAACUCAUGUGAAAACGCCAAUAGUGUUGCCAAUGAAGAGGAAGCUCACUGAGCUGAAGGAGGUUGCUCCUGCCUCCUCUGCAAAGCGAUUGAAUGCCAGUGAGCAUGGGUUGAAGUCUCCUGUAUUUCAAACUCCUAAUAGUGGUCGCAGAGGGAGUCUUUUAAGUGACCUCUGUGGCUCCAUUACCCCAAAUACUUGUAUCAAGGAUUUGUAUGGGCGGCAAACACCUUUAGCUGGCCAGGUUGAUAAUUUUGAUGAUAGUCAGUACAAUGAUACUCCUUUUGCUUCCUCCCAACCAUGGUUCUCGGGUGAUUUACAACCUACCACCUCUGAAAGGUUAACCUUAGAUUCCAUUGUUGUUCAGUAUUUGAAGCAUCAGCAUCGCCAAUGUCCAGCUCCCAUUACUACUUUACCUCCCCUUUCUCUCCUACACUCUCAUGUUUGUCCUGAACCUAGACGAAGCCUUGAUGCCCCAUCCAAUGUGACUGCUCGUAUUUCUACUCGUGAAUUUAGAAGUAUGUAUGGUGGAAUCCAUGGAAGUAGAAAGGACCGUCAAUUUGUUUACAGCCGGUUUAGGCCAUGGAGAACUUGUAGGGAUGAUGCUGCUGCCCUUCUGACAUGCAUGACUUUUCUUGGCGACUCCUCCCAGAUUGCUGCUGGAAGUCAUUCUGGCGAACUCAAAAUUUUUGACUCCAAUAGUAAUAAUAUUGUGGAGACCUGCACCAGCCACCAGACUCCUUUAGUACUUGUUCAAUCGUGUUCUUCGAAUGGGACCCCUCUAGUGCUUUCCUCCAGCUCCCUUGAUGUGAAGCUGUGGGAUGCAUCUUCGAUUUCAGGGGGUCCCACCCAAACUUUUGAAGGAUGUAGGGCUGCUAGGUUUGGCAAUGCUGGGACUCAUUUUGCAGCUUUACCUUCUGAAUCAUCGCAGCGAGAGAUUCUGCUGUUUGAUGUAGCAACGCACCAAAUGGAUCAGAAGUUCUUGGACGCCUCUUCUGGUCCUUCUGGUCGAGGUCAUGCUUAUUCUAUCGUACACUUUAACCCCUCGGAUACAAUGUUGCUUUGGAAUGGUGUCUUGUGGGAUCGACGGGUUACUACGGCAGUCCAUCGAUUUGACCAGUUUACAGAUUAUGGUGGCGGUGGCUUCCAUCCUGCUGGAAAUGAGGUUAUAAUAAACUCGGAAGUUUGGGAUCUUCGGAAGUACAGGCUUCUUAGAAGCGUACCUUCUCUUGACCAAACUGUCAUCACAUUUAACAGUAGUGGGGAUGUGAUUUAUGCGAUAUUGAGAAGGAAUCUUGAUGAUAUAAUGUCAUCUGUCCACACUCGCCGUUGCAAACAUCCCCUGUUUUCUGCAUUCCGCACAUUGGAUGCUGUCAACUACUCUGACAUUGCCACCAUUCCUGUGGAUCGCUGUGUUCUUGAUUUUGCAACAGAGCCUACAGAUUCGUUUGUUGGGUUGGUCACUAUGGAUGACCAGGAUGAAAUGUUCUCUUCUGCCAGAGUUUAUGAGAUUGGCCGUCGAAGACCACCUGACGAUGAUUCCGACCCAGAUGAUGUAGAAAGCGAGGAUGAGGAUGAUGACGAUGAUGAAGAUGAUGUGGACUUGGAUCCCAUUUUGGGUUCAGGCCUUGAUGGAGAUGGUGAUAGUGACGGCGAUGAUAUGAGCAACGAUGAUAGUGUGACUGAUAUUGACGACGACGAUGAAGACGACGGUGACUUCUUGGUGGAUGAUGCGAAUUAUGAUGUAGGGGGUGGUAUUCUAGAGAUUGUGACGGAAGGCGAUGAAGAUGACGAUGACAGUGACAUGAUGGGAUCGUUCAGUAGCGGGGAUGAAUUCAUGUAAUGGUUAUUAGAGCAUGUUGGUUUUCAACUGUCCAUACAGGUGGUUACCAUUAUCUCAAAGCAAAGAUGGGGUUUGGUACUCAAUCCUUGUAACUAUAGUUAGUUUAGGUCAAAAUCACAUCGCCCACCUUCCAAGCGUCUAGAGAAAAAGAGAGAUGCUAAAGAGUGAUUGGGAAUUAUCCCUUUUCCUGUUCAGGAUUUUGAUUUCAUUAAUCUAAAGUAUCCUCAAUAAUUUUUGCCUA